UAGUAACGUAAUGCAAAUGUGUUAUUGUAGAGUGCUCUGCGCGUUCAGAUUGGCUGUGGUUGCCUUUCACCGGCUACCAGUCACUGAGUGUCAUGUCGGAGGGAGCAGCGCAGCGAGCGCCACACAACACACCGGCGACGAGCCCCUCCUUGUGGAGGCUACUCAUUCCGCACCGUACCACCCCUUCAUCCACGCUAUUCUGGCAUUCAGUGUUAUUUUCUUAAGGAAGCGGUCACCAUGUCAUCGUGUUAUUGUAUCACAUCGGGUACGGUCCGGUAGCUUCGCUCCGUGGCGUAGUAACAGCACUUCACAUUGCACAAUGGCAAGGUUAGCUCUGCCCCCACCGCCGCGCUAGCAUUGUUCGCCGUUACCAUGGUGUUUGUGGCAACGCACACAGCACACCUCGCCUACUCAGUUGCGACCAAAACACCAGAAGGUACACUUGAACACCCCCCUCCUUGUCUGUGCAGCGCCAGGGCAAUGAUUCUUUCAUUAUGUAUGAAUAAUUCACAGCGUUGCGUGCCGAGGCCUAAGGGAAGUAGCUAGCUGUGAAGCCCUAGUAGCCGAUGUGGGCCAGUCUGCUACGGCAGGUGGGAGGGGACAGCUGCCGUAAAGGGGAGGCUGUUCAAAGCACUGCCGGAUGCUGCACAAGCAGGGCCGCUGUUCUAGGACCCUCGUUUUUCAAUGCCUUCAGGAAGCGUUUUUUUGUUGGAAGCACAAUACAAAGCUAACCUAAUGCCUAACUAUAUCGAAAAAUACAUGAACUUAACCAUGUAUAACCUAAUUCCUUGACCUAACCAUCUCUAUCCUAAACGUAACGAGCUCUAGCAUAAUACCUAAACCAAACCAGCUCAAAUGCGUUUUAAUGGGACCCAUUACCGUAACAUAUUUUUCAACGCCAUCAUAAGAAUAAAUAAUUCGCCUUCGCGUGCGCCUUUAAGUCAUAGAAACCUAAACCAUAAAACAAGGGUCCUAUAAAUGCGGUCCUGAAACUGCAGCGUCGGAUUUUGCAGGGACAUAGUAUUGGACGUUAAUGUUUUUCUCUCUCCGGCAUACUACUGCAAUUGGAUUACAAACCGAAAUCCAACGUUGCUCCUUGGAUACGAUGAACAAUGACCAUAGUUGACAGGUCCUCAGAGAAGUCUGACCUUGAGUCAGUCGGGGUCAAGCACGCCGCCUUCACAAGUGGAGACGUGGGGAUGGACGGCAGCUGUUCCAGCAGCUGGGGAGUCGGCCCCGCCAUGCCCGGUGACUCCCCAAGGGGCAAGGCCACGGUGGGCUGCCGGGGCCCAACGCCGGGGGCCACGGUCUUCAGCAACAGCCCCCACUCCAUGGAGCGGCCUAAGGAGCCGGUGGUGAUGACCGGUGGGGAUGGCAUCGCCCUGCCCCAGAAGGUCCUCUUCCCCCCCGAGCGCCUCAGCCUGCGGUGGAGCCAGGCGCAGCGAGUGGGCGCGGGGCUCCAGAACAUGGGCAACACCUGCUUCCUCAACGCAGCGCUGCAGUGUCUGUCCUACACCCCGCCGCUGGCCAACUACAUGCUGACCCAGGAGCAUUCAAAGACAUGCCAUGAGCCCGGGUUCUGUAUGAUGUGCACCAUGCAAAACCACAUCAUACAGGCCUUUGCCAAUACUGGAAACGUCAUCAAGCCUAUCGUGGUCCUCAACGAGCUGAAAAGGAUUGCUAAGCACUUUCGCUACGGGAGUCAGGAGGAUGCUCAUGAGUUCCUGCGCUAUACAGUGGAUGCUAUGCAAAAGUCCUGCCUGCCUGGAACAAAGCUGGACCGGCAAACACAGGCAACCAGCUUCGUCCAUCAAGUCUUUGGAGGGUACUUAAGGUCCAGAGUGAAAUGUUUAAACUGUAAAGCAGUCUCUGACACGUUUGACCCUUUCUUGGACAUUACUCUGGAGAUCAAGACCGCUCCCAGUGUGGGCAAGGCCCUGGAGCAGUUUGUCAAGCCGGAACAGCUUGAAGGGGAGAAUGCCUACAAAUGCACCAAGUGCAAGAAGAUGGUCACGGCCUCCAAGAGAUUCACCAUCCACCGCAGCUCCAACGUGCUCACCAUCUCACUCAAGCGCUUCGCCAACUUCAGCGGAGGAAAAAUCACCAAGGACGUGAGGUACCCAGAGUACCUUGACAUGCGGCCCUUCAUGUCCCAGAGCCAGGGCGAGCCGCAGGUGUACGGUCUGUACGCCGUGCUGGUCCAUUCUGGCUUCAGCUGCCACGCAGGACACUACUUCUGCUACAUUAAGGCCAGCAACGGUCAAUGGUAUCAGAUGAACGACUCCUCCGUGUCCAUCAGUGACAUCCGAUCGGUGCUGAACCAGCAGGCCUACAUCCUGUUCUACGUCAGGUCCGGCGAGGCUAAGAGCGGAGGGGAAUACGCCCAUGCGACCGUGGGUAACCCCGGCCAGUCCUCCCCGCGCCCGGUGGUCCUACCGCGCAUCAACACCGCCCCCCGGCACACGUCCACAGGCUUCAUCGGCCCGCAGCUGCCGCCGCACAUGGCCAAGAACUCCCUCCACCUCAAUGGCAACGGACCGCUGAGGGAGUACCCGUCGAGCUCCAAACUAAUCACCAGCAGCGGUGGCAUGGGGAAACCCGCCCACUGCCCAUCCGCCUCCUCCUCUUCCUCCUCCUCCUCCUCCUCCUCCUCCUCGACAUCCUCCCACACGCUGACCCGGCCCUCGGUGAUCCCUGACUCGGACAAGAGGCAGAAGCUCUCCUUCGUCAUCGGCCAAGUCAAGCAGGCCCGCCCCUCCUCGUCCAUCUACGGCCAGCCGGCCUCCUCCUCCUCCUCCUCCUCCUCCUCCUCCUCUUCCUCUUCCUCGGCGCAGCCUACCUCAGACGCCCCCCGCUCGGACCUCCACUUUGUCCCGCGGCAGCUCCACCACGCCAACGGCGCGUCGUCGGGCAACGGCGACUACCACCACCGCCGCGGCAACGGCAGCGGCCCGGCGUCUUUCCUCGUGCCCUACGACCACGAGUCGUCCGAGGAGUCGGACCAGGAGACGGCCGCGGCGGCGCUGGAGAACGGCGGCGGCGGCAUGGCCCAGGCCCGCCUCAACGGGAGGAGCGGGGCGGGGCACGCCGUCUACGGGCCGGCGCCGCGGCCCACCAACGGGGAGGCGGGGGCGCCGCACCACAACGGGCAGACCAACGGCGUGGCCAAACCCGGCCACAACGGGCACCACAACGGACACCCGAAGGUCAACGGGAACGGCGACGCCCCGCACACGACCAAAGCCGUGAAUGAGGGCAGAUCGUCCCAUGCGACAACCAACGGCUCGACGUCCGACCACAGUCCGCCAAGCCAAGAGAGCCAUAGCGCUGCCCCUGCCACCACCGCCACCGCCACCCAGGGAAACUCUUCUCGGACCCCGGCGGCCGCCUGUGAAAGCCAGCCCCCCGCGCCGCUGGACCCCACGCCCAAACAUACAGCAGCCUCCGACGCUGGCCCUCCGUCUGCAGCCCCCGGGGCCCGGGGCCACGCACCGGCUCCCAGGUCCUCCGCUGCCUCCUCCUCCCUCUCCUCCGCAUCCUCUUCCUCCUCCUCGUCCUCUUCCUCCACACACCAGGAGACUCCUCCCUCGGAGUUACCUGCUCCUCCUCCUCCUCCUCCUCCUCCUCCGGCGGCGGCGACCCCGGGGCCCGCCGCGGCCCCACACAGGGUGGGCAGCGGAGCGGGGAAAGAGCAGCAGCAGCAGCCAGGGCCACCGCCGACCAACGGCCAGGCCCCGAGCCCCGCUGGGAGGCCCGAGGGCGCUGAGCCCCAGAACCCAGCCAAGGCCGGCCCCAGAGGCGAGGAGAGGGACCGCCGUGGUUCCCGGGACAGGGAGCGGGACCGGAGGUACUCGUCGGACCGGGGAGGGCGGGACUGGGACCGCCGCGGCCGCAGCCGGGAGAGGGACUCGGACGGCGACCCCCGCUACAAACGGGACCCCCGCAACCCUCAUCACCACCACCACCAUCACCCCCGGUCCUACCGAGAGCGCUCGCCCGUGCGGGACCGCCACCACCGGGAGCGGGACUGGGAGUGCGAGCGGCGGUGGGAGCGCACGGCGCACCACCCCCGGGAGCGGGACCGCGACCGCUGCUCGCACCACUACCACCGGCAGCGCUCCAGGGGCGAGGAGCGGGACCGGACGGCCCGCGAGGAGCGGGACCGGACGGCCCGCGAGGAGCCACCCCGCCGGAGGAGCCGGGAGGGGAGGAGCCGGGAGGGGAGGAGCCGGGAGGGGAGGAGCCCCUUGCGGGACAGGGAGCGCGACGCCGCGGCCCCCACCAAGACCAGGGCUUCCCCGACGCCGCCUCCCCUCUCUCCUCCCAGACGGGCCCCCAACAGGGAGGGCCCCGAGCGCCGGGGCGACGCGCCUCCUCUGAGCGAGGACAGGGAGGACAGCCGGGAGGCGCAGCGGGCGAAGAAACACAAAAAGAGCAAGAAGAAGAAGAAGUCGAAGGACAAAGAGAGGCACCGGGACAGCGGGAACUCUGAGGAGGAGUCCGACAAGGAGGGCCGGUCCUCCAAACACAAGAAGAAGAAGAGGAAGAGGAGGCACGACAGCGACAGCGAGGCGGAGCGUGCCCCCGACGGCCAGCGCAAGGCUCGCAGGGUCGGCGGCGAGGAGGAGAGAGCCGAGGGCGGCAGAAGGCGUUGUCACGGCGAUGACGGUCACAGAGGCCAUUCGCCGGAGAAGCGACGGCACGCCGGUGAAGGCGCCAAUGACUCCCUCGACCGACGGCUCGGGUCUUCGUCGCAGAACCACAACGGACACGCAGCUAAUGGUUGCAACGGAGUUAACGGAGGUUCCCAGUCGUCCUCCAGCAGCCUGUGCAGCCCCACACCCCUCUAACGCAGCCCUGCUGCUGCCACUGCUCCCACCUGGGAUAUACUGUACAAUACUUCUAUGAUGGGGUGAAAGAAAGAAGAAAACUGUCAACAGCAAAGGAAUGAAACUAAAUCCCCCCCCCCCCCACACACACUUUUUUUGGACGUGGUGCUUAAUCAAUGGGAAGACACUGAACUUUGACCCGCCGAUUUAUUUUGCCCAAAUUCUGUACACUUCUGGUUCACACGCUUUCACUAAAGAAAUAUCUACGACGGGAAUUAAAAGAUUAAUAUAUACUUGUACAAAUGCAAACAAAGGACAAAAAGAACCCAAUACCCCGACGCUUACACAUCUCAGCUGCUGCUCAGUGGAAGACUCAGGAAUAUAUCUAUACAUAUAUAUAUAAAUAUAUAUAUAUAUAUAUAUAUAUAUAUAUAUAUAUAUAUAUAUAUAUAUAUAUAUAUAUAUAUAUAUAUAUAUAAAUUACACACACGCAUAACCAUGGUAACAUCCAUCUACUUCAGUCAAACAACAACCACAAUACGGGGAAAAUAAGCGAACAAACGAACAAGCUAGCAAAUACUGAUGCGUCGCCUUGGAGAUAAACUGCUGUACCGUUGCAAGGUGGCAUGCAAGUUUCUUUUUGAAAGAUGUCACCAUAUCUACAUAUCGAUACUGGCACCAGAAGGAUUUCCAGUUUUUAUUGUUUUGUAUUUAAUUUAAUCGCUAUGGCAACAGACUCAUGGAUGGAAACUUUCGGGGGUGCUGAGAGGGACAAAUUAAGGAUGCCGCCACACGUUACCCUGGACACACUUGACGGCCAUUCCCUCCCCUUUGUUUGGUUUUUCUCCCUUAAAGCUUUUUUCGGUUUCCCCGGUUUCCCCAACUGCCUAAGUUUCCAUUGUAUUGGAUUUUCAUCUGUUGUGGACGUGUUCUUGAAUUGUUGUUGUUGUCCCUUCUCCCUGCCCUCAUCUUUCUCCUACUUUCUUUACUCUAUUUCAAGCAUUCAAAAAAAAAGCAUAACAAAAAAAAAUCUUUUACUAUAUCAUGGAUGUGGAGAUUUUGUUUUCAUUUUUGGGUGUUUGAUUUUACACGUAAAAUACAGUUUUGUUUCUUCUAGCACCUCUUGAGAAAGAAUACUGUGAAUUUAAUGUCUGAACUGUACUAUCAGUUGUUUUUAUACAUUACUAGUCCUGUAUCAGGAUUAUCAAUAGGUUAUCUUUAUGUUGAUGUCGUUGCUUGGUUUGUUUUUAGAAUAACCACACCAUCAUUUAUUCCACAUUCUAUAAACGCAAGUCAACUAUAGGUAUGUUGUUUUGAUAUUUUUUUUUUGUUUUUGUUUACUCGAGAAAAAAAAAAGUCAUGGUAAUGUCAUACCCUACAUUCAACAAUAGCAUGUCAAGAUUUAUACAUUGUACAUGGUAUAUAAAAAUGCCUUAAAAUACAUUUGUUAAUAUCAGAAAUUGUAAUUGUCUUUCUCUGACUUUGUCUCCAAAAUCAAAGUGAAAGUACUGACUUAUGUCAACAGUUUCAAAGUGCUCUUGGCUCCAUUUGUGCCGCAGCUUAAUUCAAGACCCCCAUUUUGACAAUAACUUGACGCUAUUGGUAUGCAAAACUUGAGUAACCUCUUGAUUGUGGUCUUUCUGUAGGAGUUCCUGUUGGACACAAAUACAAUGACUAUAGUUGAUGUUCAAUUGGAAGAAAUAAAUGAUUACUUUUUCUUUUAAUUGUCCAGAAUGAAUACAGGUCUGAAAGACGAAUGAAUUGGUCUACUUUGAGUUUCAGUAAAAACCAAAUCAAUAUCUGUAUUCUUUACAUCGGCACAACCUCAGGUGAAACAAUCACAACAGGCAUUCUCGUCUGUUCUACAUUUGUAUAUAUUAGAUGUAUGUUAUGCUUGUAAUGGGUGAUGAACAUCCAACCUGGUGGUGUAAGAGGCGGCCCGUUGAUACUGACAGAUAUAAAUGUGUUACAUCUUCUCUCCAUGGUACACAGUAAAAGGCGCUAUUAAAGACCACCGCAGGGUUUGGUUUGUUGGUGUU